AUGGAGGUCCACCUGCGGGAUCUCUUCACCAGGUUCCAGGAGCAGUUCGGGACGGGGCCGGGGUUGGGGCCCAGCCAUGGUACCUGCGUUUUCAAGGUGGACGGCGCGCCGCCGGCCUUCAUCAGGUCUCUCUUCCGCGCCGCCGCCGCCCUCUUCCGCACCGAUCCAUGGAAGCGCCUUCGCCCCGGCCACCUGCUCGGCGUCCGCGUCGGCAAGGACGCGGACUGGUCCCCCGCCAAGCGCCAGCCCUUCCCCUCCGUGCAGUUCGUCGGCGGCGACGGCGGCGACCUCGCCGUCCACCUCUUCCGCUCCGAGCAGGACGCUCUGCGCACCACCGCCGCCAGGGAGACCCGCCGCGUCCCCAAUGUGGAGAUCCUGAGGGUUGUCUUCCUCCCCGAGCAGCUUCUGUCCCCCUCCAACCGGCGGAUGGUCAGAUCCCUCUCUCUGGAGCCCGUGGGGCCCGAGGAGAGAUUCCCGGUGAUUGAUGUCGCUCGCUUCACCCCCGCCAGCGGCGUCCGCUUCCGGAAUCCCUCUCUGGAUGAGCUCCGCUUCCUCUACGCCUUCCUCAAGGCCGUGGCCCUGGUUCAUCCCUUGCUCCACACCAGCGACGAGCUCCCCAGGCGGGGGAGGUUGCAGUGUUUCGAUCCCUUCAUCGAGACUGUGGAUGUGGACUGGCCACCGGAGGUGUCCAGGGGUUGGAACAACGUCGCCGUCACCUUGUCACACCCUCCUGGGGAGACCUACGACGAGAGGAAGCCCAGCCUCAGUCCGACGAGGUAUCUGGAUCCCCCGCGGGAGGAGCUGCCGGAGCUGGAGACGAAGGCGGCGCCGCCGCCGCCGAGGACCGGGCUCAGGCAGUGCGCUAUGUGCGAGAAGGAAGUCCAGGGGGAGCAGUCCCUCUGCUGCGGGCGGUGCCGGGCGGUGGUCUACUGCAGCUCCGGGUGUCAGCGGCAGCAUUGGAAGGAGAGCCACCGGAGCAUCUGCGGCCUCUACAAGGCCAUGAUGGAGAGGGAGGAGGAGCUCGCCAUGAACAUCUUCUUCUUCUCCUGCCUGCUCGACCACCCCUGCAGAUGGCUCGACUCGGUGGGUGUCCACCAGAAGGGAAUGUGGAGGAGGAUCUGCAGUUGCUACUCCCACUGCCCCUUCGGCCUCCUCCCUGCAAGGACCGGCGGCCAUGGCGAAUCCUGGGGAGGCCUCAACGACGGAGAAUUCCCCCCCGAUGCACCAUUCGCCGCCUACCAUGAAGGAGCACCGAGCAUCAUUCUUCUCUCCGGCUGGCCUGAGUACUACAACCUCCGCUCCCUCCCGAUGACCAGCCCGGCAGUGGUGAUCCUGUCCCACCCGCUGACAGUCUACCACACCAUCACCGCCGUGGCGAUCAAUUGCAAGAACAAGCUGGUGAAGGGCAGGAAGGUGAUCGUCCACUACCUCGGCCCAGAAGGGGAGCUGGACUGGUUGCCGGCAUUUACAGAGAUCGGCCAUCUGCUCAAUGGGUCCGGCAGCGUGGAGAUCUUCAUGGUGGGACCGGAGGUUCCCGGCAACCUCUCUGGCACUGCAACCAGUCUGAGCGGCGGCAGGGUGAAGGUCACCCUCGUGAGAGGGCUCUACCAGGAGGAAUUCCCAUCCCUCCCACCCGCCGAUGUGGCAGUGGCGCUCAACUGCAGGCUGGAGAGCUAUGGUGGCUGGGGAGAAGCUGUAGAGACCAUCAAGUCCCUGGAUGCGCCGGCCUUCUUCACCGACCGGUCGGAGGUCGCCUGCGCCGCUGCCAAGCAGAUCCUCCGUGCUGCUGGUCUCCACAUCACGCACCCGGUGACUCCCAAUCCCUUCCGCUCACCGGUGAGGGACAGGGCCCCCUCCGACAAUCUCCCCAGCUUCAGCAAUGGCUUUAUCUUUGGGGUGAACACCUGA